CGAGUGUUAUUAUGGUUCCUGGUUGAAGAUCUAGGUUCUGCUCUCUCGUAGUUGUUGGCAUCAAGAUCUUCAUCACGAUCAUCAAAUCUCUCUUUCGUCAUCAUCCUGCUCACGAGGACCUCGUCUAAUCGUAGCUCUCGGGAACUGAGUCGAAUCCAGAGAGAAGUCUUGGUACUGCGUGACGAGUUGGCUGCUCUCAGCAAGUACCAGGAUAGUGGAUCGGCAUUGUUCUCUCUGUGCUGGCAUCGGAUCGACAAGCGCUUGAAGCAGACACAGGAGAAGAUACAUCGAGACUUCAAGAAAUCACUGGAAGAAGAUGAGCAGCAGGCGAAGAUGAAGAUGCAGGUGCAGCAAGGAGCUCCUAGCAGUUCCCUGUCAUCAUCAUGGAAAAACAUGAUCAACUACGAUUAAGGCUACAAGAAAUCCAUCUUCACGUGCAUCCUGAGACCGUUUCCAAGGGGAAAAAGGUUCUAAGAUGCGUUUCAAGAUGGAUUUCUCUUAGGUCUAAUACGAAGAAAACCAAACCGUGACUACGUCGAGUAGAACAUCCUCCCACGAUAAAUCACGGACAAGUGGCAGGUUUCAAUUUCCAAAACUAGCGGAUGAUGAGUUACAGAGGACAGAGAAAGCGUUGAAGCAGAUCGUGGAUAGC